AUGGAACUUAGUGUUGGAAAUUAUCGUGGUGAUGUUCUAGCUUUAUCAAAGGAUGAGUCUGGUGUGAGUUGUGUGUUUUGCAUUCAAAAGUACUAGAAAUACAUGCACACAGUAACCCCUUACCCAUAUUUUCCAAGCAUUGAUUUAACAUGAAGUAUUAGAAAAUACAUGCAUGCAGAAACCCCUCGCCUUUCUUAAUAGAUGAAGUAUAAAAACUCCACGUAAAGUAUUAAGACCAUUAUACACAAACAUAAAAACACAACUGAUAUGCUAGUCUAUUAAACAAUAACAUUCGCUGCAAUUUUCGUGCAUACCAGCUUACAUUAAAACACAUUUAUUGUGAAUUAUCGAGUUAAUGGCUUACAAAUGCACAUUUAUAUUAUCUUGCAACUAAAUUGAAUCUGAAUUAUACAAUGUAAUAUUUACUUUUACAGGAUCUAAUUUAGAUAAGUUGGUUAGUGGAAUGCGAACAGACAGCAGAGAAGUUGAGUGUAGAAGAACAAAAGAUUAAGGAAAUCUUGAAACAGUAUGAGAAACUUAAAACUCUGCUUGAUCAGAAAACCCAAUCUCGAACACUAAACACCAGCACUACUUUGGAUACCAUAUCAACAACCCUAAUUCUGGAGUACGCUACUGAAGACAAGGAGAAACCAAAAAUGUCCUUGAGUUCAUCCAUGGUGGUGAAAAUGGAGCAUUGCUUGGUGUGUGGGACUUUGUGUCAGCAAAAGCACCAAAGGCUAUGA